GCAAAGAUGAAAUUCUUCGUCGUUGUCGCUCUGGCCCUGGUUGCCGUCGUUGCCGCCCAGGACAAGUACACCACCAAGUACGAUGGUGUCGAUCUGGAUGAGAUUCUGAAGUCGGACCGUCUGUUCAACAACUACUACAAGUGUCUGCUGGAUCAGGGCCGCUGCACCCCGGACGGUAACGAGCUGAAGCGCAUCCUGCCGGACGCGCUCAAGACGGACUGUGCCAAGUGUAGCGAGAAGCAGAAGACCGGCACGGAGAAGGUGAUCAACUACCUGAUCGACAACCGUAAGGAUCAGUGGGAGAACCUCCAGAAGAAGUACGAUCCGGAGAACAUCUACGUCAACAAGUACCGCGAUGAGGCCAAGAAGAAGGGCAUCAACCUGUAA